AUGGACCAGGCUGCAAUAGACAGGGAUGCUUUGUUAUAUGACCUCGAGACUAAAGGGUACUCUGUGGUUCCCGGUGUUGUGUCAGCGGAGGAUUGUGACAAUUACACCCGGCAGUACAAGAACUGGGUGGCCAAGUUUGAAGAUGAUCCACCCUUCAGCUGGGACUCGGUGAUGCACUUUUAUAGAGUUAGCCAUUUUGAUGCCACAUGGAGAGUGCGGCUUCAAACCAAACCUGUCUUUGCUUCAAUGUGGAAUACAGAGAAGCUUCUGUGUAGUAUGGACGGCAUAGCCAUUGGGAUACCACCGGAAUUCGGCAGAGGGAAAUUCAGAGACGAUGGAACAAACUGGUUACAUCUUGACCAUGGCCGAACUAGAAGAAGUCUCCAUGUAUAUCAGGCGGCAGUGUACUUAGAAGAAACUACCGAGGAAGAUCACUGCCUAAGAGUCAUUGAAAAAUCUCAUCUCUACCAUGACAGAUUGCUAGAGGCUUUCCCUGAUGCCACGGGAAGUAAUAACGAGGAACACGAAGUAGAGUUUUUCCCUUUCAAGCCAGAAUGGAUCGCCUGGUACAAAGAGCAAGGAUGCACAGAAAGAAUAAUCGCCGUCCCCAAGGGUGGAAUGGUAAUAUGGGAUUCACGCACAGUCCAUGAUACGGUUUUGCCAAAACGAGGUCGGAUGCAUUCCUAUAGAUGGCGCUUUGUUGUUUUUGUGUGCAUGGCGCCAGCCAUUUGGGCUACAGAUGAAGAUUAUGAGGCAAAGAAAUUUGCAUAUGAUAAUUUUCGUGGUACUGCUCAUUGGCCUGCCCAGAAAAAUACCGUUUUCAGCUCAACAACAGAAAGUCCAUUUACAAAGGAUCGUUGGCAUAUAUAUGCCGUAGAGACUAUGCCAGAUAUAGCGAAAACAAGCGAAGCAAAGCUAUUGGUUGGUCUAGAACGAUACGAUUUCAAUGACGGUUCUCCGAAUGAUCCUGGUUGGAGUCCUACUUGGGACAAAUCGUCUGUGUUCUAUCACCGUUAUAGCAACAGGACAUAGGGCAUGACAGAAAACAUGGCAUCUGAUGCUGUAAAAUGAUGACGAGACGUUUUAAUUGUAAUUUAGAAACAAAAACAAUAUUUCAUUGUUGUCUAGAUAAAUGUAGUUGCCUUCCUUCGUCAUUCUUGUAUGCGUUUAUCAGAUUGUUUAAUGCACAAGGCACGGUGUUUCGAUUAAACAUUUUGUAUUUUCACCAAAAAAAUUAUAUCAUCACAAGGAGUAAUGCAAAAACCGUUUGCUUUAUCCAAUCAGAACGUUGCUUUCUAUUCACCGCAUUGAAAUCCGCCGUUUGUUUCUGAUCCAAAUGAAGCUAAGGCAGAAUAAUCCCGGUAAAUGUAUACUACAGUUUUAAGGCGAUAACUCUUUAGGUAAUUUCGAAAAUGAAACGAAAUCAAGAUUUUUUCAGUUUCCAUUGGAUAUAAAUGUUAUUGUAUAUAUUAAUGAGACUUUUGCUUCAAACAAUAAUAUUUCACGAAAGAGAGAUGGAAAUGUGUUGUAGACAUCAUUGUAUAUUGUCACAAUUGGCCAUGCAUCCUUCUAGAGUGGUCUCCGGCCACAUGUUUGAGAAAACCUUGUGUGACACGAAAGGACAUCUUGUAAUUUUCCGCGCGGAAUCUGUUGGAUAUGUACAAUAAUCACUGUGUUUUUCUGGCUAAAUCUCAAAUGCACAAGUGACCUGUGCACCCUGAAAGAAGAUGAUUUGAAGAGAGAAGAAAUGAUUACGAACGUCUUCAGGGUGAAGCCUGGACGACCAAUGUAAAGUUCAAAUGCAACUGCUUGGGUAACAAUGUGUGUACGUUAGUUGUGCUAUUCGCACGGUCAACGUUCGCUUGUCCCAAGACAAUAGUAAGAGUUGAGCACGUACAAUGUACGAUUCCCAAGUUUCAAGCUUAUCUAUUCAGAAGGCCUUACGGCCUGUAGGUAUACAUAUUGCAAUACAUGCAUAUUAAAUACAGUCAUACAUAUUUGGACAUCGCACGUUGCAAGUGGAAUGCGCGUUUCCAGCGUAGCGUUGUACUCCUGAGAGAAAGGAGGACGUGCAACAGUCUUGGAAACGCACACAUGCACAUACGAUGCACGAGUAGUAAGAAAAGCUCGGUGAAAGUCCGACAUCCAUGCGUCAUCCUCCCGUAAUGGCCAGCCUGCAUUGUAAACACGACACACUUGCGUCCUUUGUUUUUUUCUUGGGAAUGGUAUAGUUUAUUUGACAUGUUGCACCGUCCGUCAUUCUGUGUUAAUUUGUAAGAUAUAUAAAAAGUCUGAAAACUGUGAAGAGAUCAAAAUGUAAUAAUUUAUAUAUUUAUUUGGGAGUAUGGGGCUUUAACAUAUACGUUUACCUCGUCCACUGUAUUUUCAUUUUCAUAGAAUACAGAAUUUGCCAAUAAAUAUAAUAUUGUAUCAAAGUUUGCGUGUUGCUGUUAUGUUCGUGAUGA